CGCACUCGCUCAGGAAACCCAGGCGACGGCUGGAAUAAUUGAACGAUCAGCCCCUGCGAAUGCGUUUCCAGCAACCUGUGACACAUUCGUCACAUGUCCGCAGAUACUCAUCGUCGUCACCUUCAACGGCCUACGUGCAGAUUGAAGCAACCUGCCGAUAGCGUAGCGCUCAGCCCUCUGAAGGCUUCCUCUUUUGUUUCGCUGUCGUCAUCAAUCGUCAGCCCUACUCUCAGUCUGCAAGAUCUCUAUACUGGGCACGCCCGAGCCGUACGUCACUAUCGUGCUAAUGUCGGUCGAGUUCGCCAACUUCGCGUCUGUCAGUACGAGCCGAUGCCUGCCGGUUGUGCGACUGCUUCGCUCGAGCUUAGACAAGCUUGCUGCCCUGCGCGAUCAGAGCGAGCGGACCGAUCGUUCCUCAAUUGCUGUAUCCAUAGAAUCACGACGAGUCAGCCUCGCGAGCGUGCCAGUAUUUGCGCGCGUCGGUGCACGAUACAAGCUGCCCCGAGCCAGGCGGCCGGUGUCCUGCCGCGUCCAUUCGAUCGACACUUUUCAUUCAGAUUGUUCCUUCAAUCUGAAGCGCCCUAGCUUGUACGGGCGUUAGUCAGUCGACGUGAUGGCGACACCACUCAUAGGCGCCGGAAGCCGACGCUCGGGAUCGUCAGAGCCUGCUGCGCGAGCACGCAAGUCUGUUUCUGCUUUUCGAUCCAUUGCUGUCGACCAACCAGAUCCUCACUUUGUUAGGUACCUGUCAGAGCCCGCCAAAAGGUCGUUACGAUCUUUGGCAGAG